GGCGAGCGGCCGGCGUCGGGGCCGGAUGGCUCUGUGCGGGCAGGCGGCCGGCGCUGCGUCGCUGCCCAGCGAACUCAUCGUGCACAUCUUCUCUUUCCUGCCGCCGCCCGACCGGCUGCGGGCCUCGGCCUCCUGCUCGCACUGGCGCGAGUGCCUCUUCUACCCUGCGCUGUGGCCCCAGCUCCGCCUCUGCCUCCGCGUCUCUCCCGCGGAGCAGCCGCGCCUGGAGUUCCUCAUGCGCAAGUGCGGCUGGUUCGUGCGGGAGCUGCGCGUUGAGUUCGCCGCGGAGAAUUACCUGAGCGGAGGUGGCGGGCCGGGCGACGGCGGUGGUGGCGGCGGCACCGAUGCGGGCACCGGAGGGGAGGAAGGAGAGGCCCUGCAGCUCUCCUCUCGCUGGCUGGAAGUGCUGCGCAUCUACUUGGAGCUGGUGUUGUGCGUGCUGCUCAGCAUCCGAAACAACAGCUCUCAAUUUGAUUAUCUGGUUCUGACCCACUACCGUUCACAAGCAACUUUUAAAGAGAAGAAAAGUUUUAAAUUGCCAGGUGUCAGAGACCUUCUGUUAUGGGUUACCUGGGAGGACAGUUACACCGUGUGGGCACACAACCUCAUUGCCAUUGCUCGUCUUCGUGGCUCUGAUCUAAAAGUGCUUCAAGUCACCGAAGAAAGCAUUGAUUUUGACCAAGGUGAACUAGCCGACCAGGAUGUGGAUCCAGUACAUAACCUUAUUGAGCAGGUAUCCCUGGGCCUUGGUCAACCUUGGCACGCAGUCUUGGACAUUGAAUCACUCAGUGUCUUCACUGAACCAAAUCGUCAUUUUUACAGAGAGAUGCAAAGCUUCAGCGAAGAUAUUUAGCUUUUUUAAAAUGUAUAAUUCCCAUGGCUACAUAUGCAAGUAGGGUCCCAUUAUGUUUUUUUUUUUCCAGUAGUAUAAACUAAUCCUUUUGUGCUGUGUUUAAUCAGUAUUAGCUUUAUAGAAUUAUAUAUGUAUAUUCUACUUCUUGAUCAAAGAACGUAGUCAGGUAUUGGUUUUAGAAGUUCAAAGUGACACUGUAUAAGGCUUUCACGGUUAAUGAGAUUGUUACCAAACCUUAAGGACAUACAGCCAAUGAUUAUCUGAGGUUGCUGGCUAACUUUGUUUUUCACUGAGUUACUCUGCCUUUUUGACAUUUUUAUUCUUUGUUUGUCAGAAUCCAGAGCUCAGGAGCCAAAUAUUUUUAUACGAAUAUAUAUAUAUAUAUGAAUAUCCAUAGCCUGGUGGAUUUGUAUGCAAUGCACUGCAUCUAUGUAUUCUGAUAGCAUCUCAUUCAUUUUGGUUUGAAAUAGAAGGGAAAAAUAGUAUCCC